AUGCCUGCAUUAAUUAAAUGUUGUCAAUCAUGUUUACAUAAAAUCAGUUCAAAAACUUCUCGUGUAUCUAUCAUGUUUGUUCUUACGAUUGUAACGGCUACUUUUGAAAUAAUUUAUGGUAUUCGUGCACGUUCGAAUUCUUUAAUAGCUGAUGGAUUAUAUUCAUUUGCUGAAGGUAUUUGUUUAAUUGGUGUUAUAUUAGUUCUUCAUUAUUCACGUCAGGUAAAGCAUCAUGAAAAAAAGAAUACAUUUGGUUAUGAACGAUUAGAAUUAUUAUUUGGUCUUUCACAAGAAGUAUUUCUUUUAUCAAUAUCAUUGGGUGUUAUAGUUGAUGCUAUUAAUCAUUUAGUUAAUCCUAUUCAUAUACAUGAUCCAAAAUUAUUAAUUUAUCUUGGUGCAGGUGGUAUAGUUAUUGGCAUACUUGGAGUAAUUAUGUUUGGGGGUUAUCAUCAUGAUCAUAAUAUCGAAAAAGAAAUACAUGACAAGAAAAAAGGAGAAUUUUUAUCAAUGACAAAAAAAAAAAAAGAUAAAACUCCUAAGGUAUCCCGUCAAAAUACAAUUACUGAAUCUUCAGUAAUGAUUGAACAACAAAAUGGUCAAACAAACGAUCAAUUAAACCAAACUAGUAGUACUGAAAUGAAACCGCUAAAUGCUCCGCAAGAAAUAUCGAUUCUCGAUACUUUCACCUAUGAAAAUAUUGAUCUAGCAGAUUCAAGAAUAUAUGCUACUUUACAUGCUCUAUGUUUACAUUCAUGGGAAAAUCCAGUUACAGGAAAAGAAAUCAAUACUUGGUUAAAAUAUAUUGAUCCAAUAUUAACACUUAUAAUGGUUGUUGUUAUUGCUGUUCAUGCAAUUCCUGUUAUAUUUUCUAUAAGUACAGUAUUAAUUGAAAAUGUUCCACGUGGUAUUAAUACCCAAGAUGUAAUGAAAGAAAUUGUUGCAGCUGUACCAGCAAUUAAAAAAAACAACAAAUUUGUUUUUAAUUAUUUUAGAGCAACACCUAAAGAAAUUUAUGCAACAUUACAUCUUAUAUGUGAUGAAGAUGUUAUGUUAAGUACAUGUACAAAUAGAUAUGGUAAAGAAAUACAAAAUAUUCUCAAAAGUUACUGUGUUCGAUAUUUUACAUUACAAUUUGAAUAUGUACAACCACGUCAAUCAGAAGAAUUAGUUGUUUAUAAUUGUGCUUAUGAACUUUUAAGAAAACGUCGUGGUCAUACACUUGAUGAUCCUAUGACAAAAUCAGCCAAAAAUGCAAUAACUCAUAUUUAA